AUGAUUCCAGCUUUGUAUCAACAAACAUUAAGCAGCGUCAGAGAAAUAGUUUCUAGGGACGCAAAGUCAGUGUGCUUGACAACAGACCUUUGGACCUCGUCACAGACCGAAAGUUAUAUUGGCGUAACAGCGCACUAUAUUGAUGACAAUUUUGAGCCCCAAAAAAUACUGCUAGGGUGCAAAAGCUUUAAUGAAAGCCAUACUAGCGCUAAUCUAACGAAAGCAUUAAAAAAUGUGACUGAUGAGUGGAAUUUGACUAAAAAGGUUAAUUUCGCUAUUUCAGAUAACGCUAGAAAUAUUGUAAAAGCAAUUGAAACCGAUUUAGGAUGGAAACAUUACGGGUGUUUUGCACAUUCACUCAAUUUAAUAGUUCAGUCGGCACUAAGGCCAAUAGAACAAUUAGUUGAAAAUAUUAAAAAAAUAGUGGCUCACUUUAAACGAAGCACUACUGCUACUGAUAUGCUUCUUGGAUAUCAAUUGAAAAACAUGACGGAAUGUGGUGAACCGAAACGUUUAAUUCAGCAAGUGCCAACAAGAUGGAACUCCACAUUUUUCAUGUUACGCCGAUUCCUUUUACUACAAGAGGCGUUGAAACACUGCAUGGCCCUUAUUGAGAGAGACUGGCCUAAUAUUAACACAAUGGAAUGGGAGUUAAUGGGGGAAGUGUGUACAGUCUUACAGCCUUUUGAAGAAGUCACUUCUUCUAUCAGCGGUGAUGAAUAUCUGACAGGAAGUAUGGUCAUAGUCAUGACAAACUGUCUCACAGAAAUAUGUGAUGAUUUUCUAAACAAAGAAGAGUUCGCGCUAUUUAAUCCCACAACAAAGGAAAUCGUCACUUCUUUAAAAAAUGGAUUGAAAGAAAGAUUUGUUGGCGUAGAGCACAGUAAAACUUUUGGGCUCUGUACUUUGUUAGACCCACGAUUUAAAUUAUUACUUUUUAAAAAUGAAUACGCAGUGACAGAUUUAAAACGACAUGUGCAGUCAUUAAUAAUAGGCAUGAUAACACGGGAUUCGUCCACAGACAGUACAACUCAAGUUGAAGAAAGAAGUUCUUCAGUUGUUAGUGCGUGGAAUAAAGACGACUUACUGAAGAAAAGUAAGCCUCAGGGCAACGCUCUAGCGAGGGCUAUAAGAGAAUUGCAAAUGUAUAUAGAUGAUGAGAUACUGCCGAGAAAAAAUUUGGAAGGCAAAUGA